AUGGAGCCUCGCCGCCAAUCUACUGCUUCUCCAUCUGAGAAGGGCGGCCAUAUAGCCCUUGCUCCAAGCAAGGGCCUCCCUACCACUCAUGAUACGGAACCAGCAACCCUCGUCGGAAGGCUGCAACUGAAAUGGCGGAGCUUCGAGAGAUCCCUGGUUGAGUACAACUUGGAAGCACGGGGCAUCGAACGUGUCGAACCCGAUGAGCGUCACGAUCUUCGUACUCUGGGGUAUGCACAGAUUGCGAUUCUGUGGGUGUCCUUCAACCUUGCAGCAAACAACAUCACCUUGGGAAUGCUCGGACCGGCAAUCUUCCACCUGGGAUUUCUUGACAGCUGUAUGUGUGCCGUCUUUGGAAUGCUGGUGGGAUGCCUUCCUGUGGCCUAUAUCGCGACAUUUGGACCCCGGAGCGGAAAUAGGACCAUGAUUGUUGCUCGCUACAUUAUGGGAUGGUGGCCUUCGAAGUUGGUGGUCAUUCUCAACAUCAUCGUGCUGCUCGGAUAUGCCUUGAUCGACUGCGUCAUAGCGGGUCAAAUCCUCUCUGCUGUCUCAGACGGCACCAUGUCCAUCGUGGUAGGCAUCAUUAUCGUUGCCGUAAUUACAUGGGGAAUCACGACCUUUGGUUACGAGAUCUUCCACUACUACCAACGGUUUGCGUGGCUUCCGCAACUGAUCGCGCUGUGCAUCCUUGCGGGGGUGGCAGGUCCAAGCUUCAAUAUCUCUUCGGCAUCAGUUGGAAACUCCACGACCAUCAUCGGCAACAGGAUUUCUUUCUUCGGCCUCAAUCUGGCUGCGGCUAUUACCUAUGGCGGGGGCGCCGCUGACUACUUCGUCUACUACCCGGAGCACGCAUCCUCAUGGAAGAUAUUUGGUAUGUCAAUGCUUGGUCUAACCACUAGCUUCACCUUCGCCUUCAUUGUUGGAAUCGGACUCGCGUCGGGGACUUUGACGAACGGAGCAUGGGAAAGCGCUUCCCAAAUCUCCCAAGGUGCUCUCAUUGUGGAGGGUCUCAAGCCCUUGGGUGGAUUUGGCGGUUUCUGCAGUGUUCUCAUAGGACUCGGCUUGGUCAGUAACUUGAUUCCACCCACAUACUCAUCGGGCAUCGACGCCCAGAUUCUCGGAAGAUGGGCGACGGCGGUGCCUCGUGUCAUCUGGAACACGGUGGGCGUGAUCAUCUACACUGUAUGCGCUGCCGUAGGCCGAGAGCAUCUUGCGGAGAUUUUCACAAACUUCUUGGCGCUGAUGGGCUACUGGGUCAGUGUUUGGGUUGCCAUCUUCCUCGAAGAGCAUCUUUUCUUCCGUCGAAAGAACGGGUUCAACUGGUCCAUUUGGAAUGACAGGAACAAGCUUCCCCUGGGUAUCUCCGCAUUGAUCGCGUUCUUGGUGGGGUGGGUUGGUGCGAUUCUUUGCAUGGCCCAGGUUUGGUAUAUUGGGCCCAUCGCCAAGCUCGUGGGUGACUAUGGUGCCGAUAUGGGAAAUUACGUGGGAUUUGCUUGGGCUGCUCUCGUGUACCCGCCGCUUCGCAUAUGGGAGCUGAGCAGAUUCGGAAGGUAA